AUGAUGGCCACAUCCUCCAAGGCGCGGGCAACAAUCUACGCACACCCAAAAAACGAGACUCUUAGUGCAAACAAAAUACAACUCCCAGUACAGAACAAAGGUUUACAAUACUCGGUCAAAAUCAAAAUUGGGAGCCCGAGCAUAGAGGUGACCCUGCUUCUCGACACCGGUUGUGGGGACAUUUGGACCCACUGCAAGAAACUGACAUUCCUCCGCUUUUCGGAAAGAAAUGGUUUCUUUCCGAAAAGGUCAAAAACGUACAAAGAAUUACCAUGUCAUCAUCCCAUGUGCGAAAAGAGCAAGGAAUACCAGUCACCCGUGUUCUCCGGAAUCCUCGGCAUGGACAAGCUGCCGAGUUCCCUAAUUAGCCGAGUGAGGGAAAAUGUCAAGGGACGAUACUCGUACUGCCUUCACCAGGGGAAUGGUCUCUUAAGAUUUGGAGACGACAUACCACAAGUCACGAAAGAUUAUAAGACAACAAAGAUAUUAGACCCUUCGUACAAUGGAAUGUACGUAGACUUGACGGAUAUAAGUGUGGCUGGUAAGCAGCUUGGACUCUCUCCAUCUAUGUUUUCGCAUGCAAAUGGAGGUUUUAUCAUAGACACAGGGACUCAAUUCACGGUACUCAAGAGACAAGCUUAUGACAAGGUGAUAAAAGCUUUUGUGGAUUACUAUGCCAAUAGGUUAAAACGGGUGCAAAUGCGGGAGUGGGACCUCUGUUACAAGCACAAUUCAAGUAUGAGGAGCUAUGCCAGCAUGACUUUUCAUCUUCAAGGAGCCGAUUACGUGACGAGUGAUUUGUUUGUGAACCUCAAGGGAGGAGUUAUUAACUGCUCAUCUUCUCAUUCUCAUCUCUUCAUUUAUUGCUCUAUUCCAGAACUUUGGUUGCAUUCUCGUAUUUCAACUAGUCAGAGACUUGUCCAAUCAAAUCACAUUCACUACUUACAAAUGAAUAUGAGCAGAUGCAUUAGAAAUAUUUACCUUGUCCAUCUCCUUCUGGCAUUCUUCCAUUGCAACACACCACCAGCAGCUGAUGGGCUCAAAUUGAAGCUCAUCCCAUGGGACUCUCCCGAGUCGCCAUUGUACCCUGGAAAUCUCACGACACUCCAGAAACAUCAAAGAGCCAUCCGAUUCUCAAACCAUUUGCAAACCCUUUCUCUGUACUCUCCAAACACAAAACCCGACCAAACUAAACUACAAAUUCCAGUGCACAGCCAUUCUUUCCGUUACUCUGUGAACCUCAGAAUCGGCACACCAAGCAAAGAGGUAAACUUGCUGUUCGAUACGGGAAGUGCCUUUGUCUGGACACAAUGCGACCCUAAAUCAAACACGUACAAUCCCUCGACCUCCAAAACCUACAAGCCCCUCCCGUGCAACCACCGGCUGUGUGCGAAAAAAAUCUGCAAAUGCGUCAAAAAUCAGUGUGUUUGCACCAUUCCGUACGGAUCGAGCGGCAUGAAAUACAAGCUGGCAUACUCGUUGGACACGUUUCACUUGCCUCAAUCCAAGACCCCAUUUCCGGGAAUCGCAUUCGGCUGCUCGACCAAACAGCCCCUUAGUUUCUCCGGAAUUUUGGGGCUGGACAGGACGCCGGUUUCUCUAUUGGCACAGGUGCGCGACCAAAUCGGAGGCCAAUUCUCUUACUGCCUGCACAAUGGGCCGAGCUUCCUAACCCUAGGAAAAGACGCCCAAAUUUCCGACGCAAAACACGUGAAAACCACGCCGCUUGUGCACACGGAUUUCUCAACCCUCCUAUUGAACCUGACGGACAUUAGCGUCGCUGGGAAAAGGAUAGGCUUGUCGCCGACCCUGUUUUCCCUCAAAAACGGCGGCGUUUUCAUGGAUACCGGGAUGAGGUACACCGUCCUGGCGAAGGCGGCCUACGACAAGGUUAGCAAAGCAUUCGCGAACUAUUUCAAAGGGAAACUGAAGAAACUUUCGGAAUCGCACUUCGAUAUGGAGCCUUGCUAUCAGAUGACUCCAGGGUUUAAGAAUUUUCCGACGAUGACGUUCCACUUCGAGGGGGCAGCGGCGGACAUGGUGGUGGACUACACGCACGUCUCCGACGGGAGCGUGGCGUGCACGGCGGUGGCGAGAGGCGGAAGGACCAUAAUCGGGGCGUUGCAGCAGUGGAACACGAGGAUCGUGUUCGACAUCGAUAAGAACGUGAUGAAAUUUCAACGCGCCGAUUGUGCGAAGGACGGGAAAUAG